AUGGCGGCGGCAGGAGGACCGGCGGCGGCAGCGGCGGCGGCGGCUGGGAAUCACAUCGCCUCUUCGGUAGGAUUAUCUUCGGGGAACGAAGCUGCUGCCGCCGCCGAGGUUGCCGCCUCUGUAGCAGCGCCCGCCGCAGGCGCUCGGAGCCCGAAGCCUAUGCGGUACAGCAGCGGCGCUGCAGCUGGGCUCGUCGCGGGGCUCCCCACCGGAGACAGCGGCGGCAGCCAGAGGGAGUCGCGUUCAGACUGGAAGCGGAAACAGCUGCGCAAAGUGCGGAGCGUGGAGCUGGACCGGCUGCAGGAGCCCGCCGAGUGCCCGGAGCUGCCCCUUUCCCUCGCCAGGACCGCCGGGGGCGCCACGUCUUCCUCCGCCCCCCAGCCCGUGGUGCCGGCGCCGCACUCCACCCCCGGCAGCCCCGCGUCCUCCCCCAGCCGCGGAGGCUUCCUCAGCGCCGGCUCCCACGACCCGCCGCAGCCGGACGUCGGGAGCCAAGCGGCGGGAGCUGGCGUCGCCCAGAAGAUCCCGGCGUUCCUGCCGCCGCCACCCCCCACUUCAGCCGGAGCUGGCUGUAAUCGUGACAUGGAGAAUAAAGAAACCCUCAGGGGAUUGCAGAAAAUGGAUGAUCGCCCAGAGGAGCGAAUGAUCAGGGAAAAACUCAAGGCAACAUGUAUGCCCGCUUGGAAGCAUGAAUGGCUAGAAAGAAGAAGUAGGAGAGGCCCUGUGGUGGUAAAACCAAUACCAAUAAAAGGAGAUGGAUGUGAAACAAACAAAUCGGCAACAGAACCUCCUCCUGAUGGACAAACAAAUCCCACUUCACCUACUCAGAAAGGGAGACGGAGCCCUUCUCCCAGUGGACCCUUCUCAUCCUCCUCCAGGACAGUUAAAUCCGAGUCACCUGGUGUUAGAAGGAAAAGGGUGUCUCCUGUACCUUUUCAGAGUGGACGUAUAACACCCCCACGAAGAGCACCGUCUCCAGAUGGCUUCUCACCAUACAGUCCUGAGGAAACAAAUCGUCGUGUCAACAAAGUUAUGAGAGCUAGACUGUAUCUCUUGCAACAGAUAGGACCUAAUUCUUUCUUGAUAGGGGGAGACAGCCCAGAUAAUAAAUACAGAGUGUUCAUUGGUCCUCAGACAUGUAGCUGUGGGCGUGGAACAUUUUGUAUUCAUCUCCUGUUUGUUAUGCUUCGAGUGUUUCAACUUGAAUCUUCAGAUCCAAUGCUGUGGCGAAAAACCUUGAAGAACUUUGAGGUUGAGAGUUUGUUCCAGAAAUACCAUAAUAGGCGUAGUUCAAGGAUCAAAGCGCCAUCUCGUAACACCAUUCAGAAGUUUGUCUCACGAAUGUCAAACUCUCAUACACUGUCAUCUUCUAGUACAUCUACAUCUAGUUCAGAAAAUAGUAUAAAGGAUGAAGAGGAACAGAUGUGCCCCAUUUGUUUGCUAGGCAUGUUGGAUGAGGAAAGCUUGACUGUCUGUGAAGAAGGCUGCAGAAAUAAACUUCACCAUCACUGCAUGUCAAUAUGGGCAGAGGAAUGUAGAAGAAACAAGGAACCUCUUAUAUGCCCUCUUUGUAGAUCUAAGUGGAGAACACAUGAUUUCUAUAGUCAUGAAUUGCCAAGUCCUGUUGAUUCUCCUUCGAUUGUUUGUGUGGUCCAGCAACAAACUCAGCAACCUGUAACUGGUUCACCAAGGAGGAAUCAAGAUAGUAAUUUUAACCUCACUCAUUAUGGGGUUCAGCAAAUUCCUUCUGCCUAUAAGGACUUAGCUGAGCCAUGGAUUCAGGUAUUUGGAAUGGAAUUAGUAGGUUGCCUGUUUUCUCGAAACUGGAAUAUACGUGAGAUGGCCCUUCGACGUCUCUCCCAUGAUGUUAGUGGUGCUCUAUUAUUGGCUAAUGGUGAAAGUACUGGAAAUUCUGGAAAUAGCAGUGGAAACACCCCAGGUUCUGGAACUCUAGGGGCAGCUAAUGGGUCAUCCCAGACAAAUAUCUCAGGAGAUGUUGUUGUGGAAUCCUGCUGCAGUGUACUUUCUAUGGUUUGUGCUGACCCUGUGUACAAAGUGUAUGUUGCUGCUUUAAAAACAUUGAGAGCCAUGCUGGUAUAUACUCCCUGCCAUAGCCUAACAGAGAGGACAAAACUGCAACAGCUUUUAAAACCAGUUGUGGAAACCAUAUUGGUGAAAUGUGCAGAUCCCAACAGCCGCACAAGCCAACUGUCAGUUUCAACAUUGAUGGAAAUGUGUAAAGGUCAAGCAGGAGAGUUGGCAAUUGGUCGAGAAAUACUUAAGUCUGGGUCCAUUGGCAUUGGCGGUAUUGAUUUUGUCUUAAAUUGCAUCCUUGGGACACAAUCUGAAUCAAACAACUGGCAAGCAUUACUUGGACGUCUUUGUCUUAUAGAUAGAUUGCUGUUAGAAUUUCCUGGUGAAUUUUAUCCCCACAUUGUCAGUGGAGAUAUUUUACAAGUUGAUGCUAUUAUUGACAGGUAUAAAAAGCUGUUAUCUCUACUGAGCUUUGCGCUGCAGUCAAUUGACAACUCCCAUUCGAUGGUGGGAAAAUUGUCUCGGAGAAUAUUUUUAAGUGCUGCCAGAAUGGUUGCAAGAGUACCCCAAGUAUUUGUAAAACUGUUAGAAAUGUUGAGCAUGACAAGCUCAAUACAUCAUACAAGAAUGCGUCGGCGAUUGAUGGCUAUAGCAGAUGAAAUGGAAAUUGCAGAAGCCAUCCAGUUAGGCAUGGAGCAAAGGUAUUCUGGGGAAUGCAGGCAUGAAUUUGCACAGCCUCCAGUUCCUGAUAACUCUCCAGAGACGACGGAGAAUACUACUCCAAAUAACACAAUUCAGUUCACAGGUAAAAGUGGGAAAGGACUAGAUAAUAAAAAGCGAAGUGCUACACCGGAGGACAUUUCUGACACAAUGGCUGGUAUUUCAUUGGGACUUCCUGUUUUGUCAGGAACAACAGAACAGCCAAAGCCAGCCAUUCAGACAAAAAGCAGAUCCCCUGGUCAAUGCUUGAACUCUUCUCUCUCACCCGGUCAUUCCCAAAAUAUAUUCCCUAUUUUGCCUUCCCCCUCUACCCCAUCUGUACCUGCAGGAACUGAUAUUCCUAAACUCAGAUCUCAGGGAUUUGUUCCUUGUAAAAUACCUUCGGCUUCUCCUCAAAUGCAGCGGAAGCUCUCUCUCCAGAUUCAAAGAAACUGUGCUGAACAAAAAGAAUUGGAAAAGCUUUCCCCUGUUUUUACCCAGGCCAGGCCUCUGCCAUUCAGUCAUAUACAUAGGCCAAAGCCAUCUCGACCUACACCGUGUGAUGUGAAUAAACAGGGGGAAACCUCCAAAAAUAGCAUGUCGCUUAAUUUAAACCACAUAUCACCGUGUGAUAAUAGUAUUAGUACAGCUAUACCAAGUGAAGAUACUGUUUUCACCCCAGUGGAAGAAAAACGUAGCCAACUGGAUAUUAAUGCAGAACUCAGUUCUAGUAUGGAAGACUUACUUGAAGCUCCAGCCAGUGACGGAACUGUCACAUUCAAGUCUGAAGUAGCUGUCUUGUCUCCUGAGCGUGCAGAAAAUGAUAACACGUAUAAAGAUGAUGUGAAUCAUAAUCAGAAAUGCAAGGAAAAGAUGGAAGCUGAAGAAGAGGAAGCUUUAGCUAUUGCCAUGGCCAUGUCAGCAUCUCAGGAUGCUCUCCCAAUAGUUCCUCAGCUUCAAGUUGAAAAUGGUGAAGAUAUCAUAAUUAUUCAACAGGAUGUGAAACUGUUGAAUCAAAAGCUGACAUUUUUUAUGAAACAGGUAACCUAUGUUAGGAAUACAUCAUCUGAGCAGGAAGAAGUGGUAGAAGCCCUGAGAGAAGAGAUAAGAAUGAUGAGUCAUUUGAAUCACCCUAAUAUCAUUCGAAUGAUGGGUGCUACAUGUGAGAAAAGCAACUACAAUCUCUUUAUAGAAUGGAUGGCAGGAGGAUCUGUUGCUCAUUUGUUGGGUAAAUAUGGAGCCUUUAAAGAGUCUGUAGUUGCAAACUACACAGAACAAUUGCUUCGUGGCCUGGCUUACCUUCAUGAAAAUCAGAUCAUUCACAGAGAUGUCAAAGGUGCCAACUUGUUAAUUGAUAGCACAGGUCAUAGGCUAAGAAUUGCUGAUUUUGGAGCUGCAGCUAGAUUGGCAUCAAAAGGAACUGGUGCUGGAGAAUUUCAAGGACAGUUAUUGGGGACUAUUGCAUUUAUGGCACCAGAGGUGUUGAGAGGCCAACAGUAUGGCAGAAGCUGUGAUGUGUGGAGUGUUGGCUGUGCUAUUAUAGAAAUGGCUUGCGCUAAGCCCCCCUGGAACGCAGAGAAACAUUCCAAUCAUCUUGCUUUGAUAUUUAAGAUUGCUAGUGCAACUACAGCUCCAACAAUCCCAUUGCAUCUGUCUCCAGGCUUAAGGGAUGUGGCACUUCGAUGUUUGGAGCUACAACCUCAGGACAGACCCCCAACAAGGGAGUUGUUAAAACACCCUGUCUUUCGCACUAUGUGGUAGUUGUAGAAAACUGGGGGUACAUUGAACUCGAUGCUACUGAAAAUAUAAAGUGCUGGUCUUCCUGUGCAGGUUUGCAUAGCAAUGUGUAUUAAUUGCUCUGCUGGCCUUAAUUAUAUGUUUUGAGGACUUGAGGUCAGUAGAGGACCUAUACGUAUGUGACUGACAAAUCGAGAUCUUGACAUAAGUUUAAUAUGUAACAUUUCACAAAUUGUGCAGAAAUAUGUAAACUGUGCCUUUCUCAAAGAUAUGUCUGUUCACGAACAGAGAAGCAAUUCCUCUUUUAGAUCUGCAUGAUUAUUUAGUGGAAAAUGUGAUUUUUUAAAAACUUUAUUUUAAAGCAUUUUUUCAGUGAUAUAAGCAGUUGGGUGGUUAAAGAGCCAUUUAAAAAUGCAUCACUAUUUUUUUCAGGACAUGCAAAUUUCAACAAUCCAUUUUAAAGAAAGUUCGUGUCUGCAUUAUGGUGAAGCUUAUUCUUUACGUGGAAAAAGAAAAUUUGGGUAGUUUUAAAAAUCACUUUUGCCUACUUUAGAAUCACAAAGUAUGGCAGUUGUGGUUGACUUACUAUUAGUCUUGUAACUGUCCUUUGGAAGUUACCACUCUGUAGUUUUAUUUUAUCUUUUCUUCACAUUCAGGGAAAAAUGUUUUUAAAAGAAACCCAAAUAACUAGAAUUAAGUUCAAGCUAAAUAUUGCUGGACAACUUACUGUAAAAGACUAUGGUUAAAAUUGGUUUGAAAUCUGCAAUAAAAUGCUGCCCUUGAGUCAGUGUUUUUAACAAGAUGUGUUAUUGAGGUAGGAGUGCACAAGUUUUUUGAAUAACAGAACUUCAUAGCCAAGGAUCAAGUGAAUGUUCUGUUUUGAAGCCCUUUUUAAUAUCACAGCUCAUGGUAAAAUUGUGGUAGAAAGGAGUACUGUGUCAUACUGCCUUCUGAUACUCAACUUCUAUUCUAGUCAGCUGAAGCUUUAAAUUCAGCCUUACUCUUAGCAUUGCAUUAUGUUUGCUGUUUUUCCUGCUAUUUUCCUUAUGCCAUUUGUCAUCUUUUUACUGAGGCUGUGCUCUGAUUUGGCAUGAACCAAUUCAGAUAAGGAGAAAAUACAUCAUGGGCACUUGAAACCCCAGAAGUAAUUUCUGUGAAUUGUGACUUUAUCCCCACAUUAACAGCCUUUCCUGAAAAUAGCAUCCUAUUUUGAUUUAAAACAAACAAAAAAACAAAAAACAGGAGAAGACACUGUUGCUUAUUUAGGUGUUUUCCCUUAAUAAAUAACAAAUGGAGAGGUUGGGAAUGAGUCAGUGGGCAUGACAUUGCAGCAAUACAGGAGACAACUUGUUUCACAACAAGCUGACUGUGUGGCCUUGAUGCAUGAUCCUUGCACAGCCCCAUCAUUUACAAUUUGGAUUAUGGCAGGCUAGAAAUACGAAAAAUAAAAUAAUAGUUGGUAAUUAAGUUAUUGGGAACUAUUUUUUAAAAUGGAAAAUAGCCAUUUAAAAACUUGUGUUUAAAUUUUUACAGAAUGAAAUAGCCUUGAAGAAAUAUUUUGCACCAAGAAUGCAGAGCAUUUUUUUUUAAACAAAUGUGUCAUCAAUUAUUUCAAUGGCAGUUUUUUAAAUUCUGAUGAAUGGGAUAUUGAAGGAAAAUGGCAGCUCUUUUACUUUCUGGCAAUUUUUUUUUAAGUAAAGUUUUGAUUGUGUUUAAUCAACUUUUGUUAAAAUAACUUUUCCAAUUUUAACUCUUCAGAAGCCAGUUGAAAUAUUGAUCAGAAAUUGGUUAUGAUCAAAGGCUCAGGACAAACUUGCUUGAUAAGCUAUAAUACUGUACAAUUUAGGCAAUGUACAAUUUUUAAAAAUUGGAAACAAAGGUAAUGGAGGUUUACACAAUGACCAUGCUAAAGUUAAUCAAGAGCAAUGUCAUUAAAGAUGGAUGUGUAUUUCUUCUUGAAAUGUUACAUUCCUUUGCUUUUUUUUGUUAUUGGGAGACUUUGAAGAGUUAAAAAAAUCUAAAUGUGAAGUUUUGUAGCUUUGUUUGUAUUUGAUUUGUUUUUUGACAAUUUAGAAUUUGUCAUUAUUCCAAUCAUAUUGUUUUUAAGUCUCUCCUGUGCAAGCUUUAAAGGAUGCACUCUUGCCAAUUCAUGUACUGGAAGAUUGCUUGUCAGAUAAAUACCACUUUGUCAAUUAUAUAAACUGACGAACCUCAGCUAAUCAGUAUUAUCCUUGUAGAUCAUCAUGUCUUUCACAUAUCAAACUUGGACUGCCUCUUCUUCGAGUUUGUUUGCAUUUUCCUCUGCUUGCUGGUAAUUGUGUUUUUAAAUGCAGAUGUGAUGUAAUCUUAUUUUCUUUGGAUCAAAGCUGGACUGAAAAUUGUAUUAUGUAAUUAUUUUUGUGCUCUUAAUGUUAUUUGGUACCUAAGUUGUAAAUAACGUCUACUGCUGUUUAUUCCAGUUUCUACUACCUCAGGUAUCCUAUAGAUUUUCUUCUACCAAAGUUCACUUUCACAUUGAAAUUAUAUUUGCUAUGUGACUGAUUCCUAAGAGUUCCAGGGCUUAAGGGCUAACUUCUUAGCACCUUACUGUGCAAGUAAAUUUUAAAGAUCUCUGGGUUAAGAAAAUUUGGCUUCAUUUUAUUCUUUGUUAUUUUAAAUAUAUCAAGAUAUUUUAAUUAAAAGUUUUUACCCCUUUGAACCAAUUUUAUAGUAUAAUUUGUACCUAUUUUGGUGGUUUUGUCUUUAUAGUAAAUAAAAGAUUUUGGACAAAACUUGUCCUUUUUGAUG